AUGCGCGCCUCCACCAUCCUUGCGGCCUUUGCACUCGCUCCCUCAGUCCUCUCCAUGCCGUCUCACUUGUACCGCCGCUGCGACAACGAGACUGGUACGGAGAAUGGCACCGCUGAGCCUCCAGUCCCUGCACUCCCUGUAUGCAACCUCGCAGGCCUCAAGCAGCCAGACAGCGUCCUCCAGCCCCCUACCGCCGACAUGAAGCUCAUGAUGGUUGCUCUCGGCGAAGGCACUCAGAACUACACCUGUGGCGCCAACCUAACCGCACCACCCUCUGCUAUCGGCGCCGUCGCCACUCUCUUCGACGCCUCCUGCGACCUGGUCAACUCGCCACCCAUCAGUACCCAGCAGCUGGGCAGCAUCGAAGAAGACGCCAAGUCCAUCGGCGCGCACUUCUUCGUCGACAACACCACCCCCGACUUCGACAUCCUCGGCCUCGGCAACACGCGCGCAAAGAAGACGGAGGAGUGCGCCGCCCCCAACCCCACCGGCGAUGUCAAGUGGCUGCGUCUGACCGCCCAAGCCGACGGUUCGACCUCCGCCGUCAAGGAAAUCUACCGCCUCAACACCGUCGGCGGCCUUGCGCCCAAGUCUUGCGAGGGCAAGGCUGUCGGCGACAUCGUCACCGUCGAGUACCAGGCUCAGUACUGGAUCUACGCGUAA